UUUUCCCGGACAUUUCUCUGUGUAUCUCUUCCCUUUCCAGCUCGUUACGAGAAUAUUUUAUUUCAUUUUCCGAACAAAUCGUAACCCUAAAUUUCUGAACUUCAAUUUCUCUCCCCCGUAUUCGAUUCUAAUCCCAAAUCUGAAUUUCAGUUUCAUUCCAAAAUCAAAACCCUAAAUCUAUUCGGCUUCAUGGGACGAGAUUCUGCUACCUCGCUGGCACCGGGGUUCCGAUUCCACCCGACAGAUGAAGAGCUCGUCAGUUACUAUCUUAAGCGCAAAGUUUGUGGAAAACCCUUUCGUUUUGACCCAAUUUCCGUCAUAGACAUCUACAAAGCCGAACCCUGGGAUCUCCCUGGGAAGUCGAAGCUGAAGAGCAGAGAUUUGGAGUGGUACUUCUUCAGUGCUUUGGAUAAGAAAUAUGGCAAUAGUUCGAGGACCAAUAGGGCUACGGAGAAAGGGUACUGGAAGACGACGGGGAAGGACCGGCCGGUCCGCCAUAACAUGAGGACUGUUGGAAUGAAGAAGACUCUCGUGUAUCAUAUUGGGCGGGCACCGCGUGGUGCUCGCACCAAUUGGGUGAUGCACGAGUACAAACUCACUGACGAGGAAAUGGGAAAAAUUGCAAUUAUGCAGGAUGCAUUUGUGCUAUGUAGGAUAUUCCAGAAGAGUGGUUCCGGACCAAAAAAUGGAGAACAGUAUGGUGCCCCUUUUAUUGAGGAGGAAUGGGAAGAAAAUGAAGAGCUGGCUCUGGUACCUGGGGCUCUGAUGCCUGAUGGUGAUGAUCAAGUGGCUGAUGAGUUGAUUGUUGGUGGAGGCGUUUAUGUUGAUGGCGAUGACUUCAGUGAGAAUAUUGAUGAAGGGAUUCCAUCUGAAAGUGCUCCACCACCUCCAUUUAACUUCUAUUAUGGUGAGACUAGCAACUCUAAUGAGCAAUCUGACAAUAUCAUUGAAGAUGAUCAGAAGCCUGUAGUAGGCAUAUGUGAGACAUCAGAGCUUCCUGAUGGACAGAAGCUCUUUGUUUUACCAGAUGAGUGUGGGUUACAUGAGAGAUUGGUCAAACAUGAGUAUCGUGCUGAGCCAAGUAAUGAUGCCGAUGCUAACGUUGCAGAUGAUGUCGUUGAUGCUGGUGAUGUGGAUGUUCAUUACUUGCUGAACGACGAAUUCUUUAGUACUUCUGAUAAUCUUUCUUUUAGUGAUGAACUACUUUUGGAAUCCAAUGAACUCUCAAACCCUACUGAAAGUGAUCCUGCUGCUUUUGAUGUGCUUGAAGAAUAUCUUACAUUCUUCGACGCAGAUGGUGAUAACACAGAUAUGUCUUUUGAUCCUUCUGAAAUUCUCGGAACUGAGAGUCCUGUUCCUGAUCAAGCAGUUCUUUCAGAGGUUGCGGUUGGUGCUACUGAACAUGUAUCUGCCAGCAAACAUACUGCCGAUUUACGUUAUGACAACGAGGCCUCCUCCUCCUCUUCAGUGCAAAGACCCGAGGACCAGAAAGCAGAGCCAGAUAUUAAGUACCCAUUCAUCAAACAUACAAGUCAUAUGCUGGGAAGCAUUCCUACUCCAUUUGCUUCACAGUUUACUUCAAAAGAUGCCGCUAUCCGGCUCAACUCAGCUCCACAAGCUUCGAGUUCUGUUCGCGUCACUGCUGGCAUGAUUGUCAUAAGAAACACGACAUUAAGUGGAGACGAAGUGAACAACUUGUACGGCAAGAACACAGAUCUCAACUUCAUCUAUUUGUUCGGGAUCACCGAAUGCGACACCGAGACCUCCCCAUUGUUGCCAACUCCUGGUGUACAUUCGAGCAAGUCGGAACCCCUGAUGUCGCGCUACUUCUUGCACUUCUUCAUCUUGUUCUGGGUUCUAAUCCUUUCGGUGAGUUUCAAAGUUGUAAGCUGCAUCCAUUCCAGGUGACUCAAUCGAGUUUCGAAAUCCAAUCUCGAGAAACAUUGAUGAUUUGUAGUAGCUGUGGUGGUUUAGAAACUUGCUAGGCUACCAAAUACAACACGUUGUUGCGGAUCUAUCUCUCUGCAAUUGCACUCUCAAUUCAAAUAUCCACCAGAGAUUAUAGACUAACUGCCUAAUUGGUGGCUAACGUGUUAUCUCUCUCUUCUUUUGUAAUUUCAUUUCAGAACUUUUUAUAGUUAAUAGCUGCAGGGCCUUCUUGUACUUACCGCCAACAUUAUGAGAGUAAAGGUUGGAACUUCUCAUUCUAAUUCUCAUUCCAUCAUAUUAUAAGGUUUGAGUUUAUGUAAUACGUCAGAAUAAAGAAAAUAGUUAAAUUAUGA